AUGACUGACUGCCUGCCUGUCCACCACUACAACCACAAGACUAUUGUUAAGCUACCCGUCCCCUCGAGCACUGAGCGCCUACACCUGACCGCCACUGACAUACCUGUUGUCACGUACGACACAUUGCUGGCCAUGUCUUCGCCGCUGAUGACGGCCAUCAACCACACGAUGGGCACCACCAGAGACAAGGAGGACCUGGACGUCCACCACGGCUACUACGUCCACAACACACAUCUGGGUGAAGGCGGUUUUGGCAAAGUAUUUCUGGCCACACAUCUCAUGACCAGUCAGAAGGUGGCCAUCAAGAGGAUGAACAAAAAGAAACUGGGGUCGGACAUACAUCGCGUUAAGAUUGAGAUCAAUGCCCUCAAAGUGCUUAACCAUAAGAAUAUCGCACAACUCCUGCAGGUGGUAGAGAACCGAGACAACAUCUAUCUGGUCCUAGAGUACUGCUCUGAUGGCGAACUCUUUGACUACUUGGUCCAGAAGAGGCGUCUGACCGAAGAGGAGACAAAAGUGAUAUUCCGAGACUUGGCUGAUGUCCUCAAUUACAUCCACACGAGUGGGUUCGCGCACCGGGACCUCAAACCCGAGAAUAUUCUGUUCGACAAGAAUCAUAGGAUCAAACUGAUUGACUUCGGACUCGCCGCUCACUGUCGG